UAUAGUCCCAAUCAGUUUCUCCUCAAUCGUCUACCACGGCAAAAGAAUGCUCACAAUAACCGUAAAACUACUAAUUUGGUCUUCUUUCAUUUCCAUAUAUUUAGUCAACAAAACCACCUUAGCUCAACCGGCCGACUUCAUCGCCUAUGCCUGUGAAAACGCGUCUAACUAUACCCGAAACAGCACAUACGAAAGAAAUCUUGACAGCGCCCUCUCCGCGCUCCCAAGCACCAACUCUGGUUUUGGUUUCUUCAACUUUUCAGCUGGCCAAGGAAACGAUAUAGUAAAUUCGGUCGCCCUAUGUCGAGGCGAUGUCAAUUCAACUGAGUGUCGAAGUUGCCUCAAUGACUCGAUGAUUAAGAUACGAAGUAGUUGUCCUAACAAAAAGGAAGCAACAGGAUACUACGACUCCUGCCUUUUGUAUUACUCCAACCAAACUAUAUUGCAACAAACUGGAUUCAAAUUUGGGCGGAUUUUGUUUAAUACUCAAAAUACUAGUGAUGUAAAUCAGUUUAAUAGUGUUCUUAGACCAUUACUAGCUGACUUGAGAACGAAGGCUGCGGCUGGUGGUCCACAAAGAAAAUUUGCCACUGCAAAUAAUGCGACAGGACCCGGUUUUUCGACUAUAUAUGGGCUUGUUCAGUGUAUUCCAAACUUGUCGGAAUCGGAAUGCAAUGAUUGCUUAGAGGAUUCAAUCAAAGAGAUACCGAAUUAUAUGAAUGGGAAAGUUGGAGGUAGAUUUCUUUUACCUAGGUGUAAUUAUAGGUAUGAGAUAUAUAGAUUUUUUAAUGAGUCGGCUGGUAUAAUCAGCCCAUCACCACCACCACCACCGGUUUUACAGCCAUCUCCGCCGGUUCAAUUACCGUCGUCACCACCAGGUACAACUGUAUAUAUGUUCUUGUAG